AUGGCAGCAGAAGCCAAUCAUGUCCAUUCAGGGUUUGAGAUGGCAGAAGUAAAUGAUGGCCCACCAAACAGCCGUCGCACGAUCUGCCUAGAACGUAUAGAAAAGAGCACAGACAUCAAGGCACAUGUGCUGAAGAAAGUGAAGAAAAAAUGCACCUGCACUCCAGCUACUGCCAAAGACCUGCUCUUCAGCUUCCUCCCAGUGCUGAAAUGGCUCCCCAAGUACAACCUGAAAGAGAACAUCUUGGGAGAUUUAAUGUCUGGCUUGAUCGUGGGGAUCUUGCUGGUUCCACAGUCCAUUGCCUAUUCUCUGCUGGCUGGCCAAGAACCUAUCUAUGGCCUUUAUACGUCGUUCUUUGCAAGCCUCAUUUAUUUCCUGUUUGGAACUUCCCGUCACAUCUCUGUUGGCAUUUUCGGUGUACUGUGCCUGAUGAUAGGAGAAGUAGUGGACCGUGAAGUACAGAGAGCUGGGUAUGAUUUGGCACCAAACGUUCCUAGUAGUUAUAACUCAGACAUGCAUCUUUCCGUAAAUAACAGCACACUGGGGCCUUUGACUGUGAAUGAGACAUCACAUUUGUUAUGUGACAGAAGUUGCUAUGCAAUUAGCGUUGGAGCCACAGUGACUUUCAUUGCUGGCAUUUACCAGGUAAGAGGUGACAAUCCAAAGGGCAUCUGUUUUAUAGGCUUCUUGUAGUUUUCCUCUCAUUGCCUUCCAAGACGAGAUUGGUGACAGACUGGUAACAAAGUUUCAAUGCAGCCUCGUAAUUAAGCAUAUACAUGGUGAUUUGGAAUUUUGUUUUUGCAAGAAAAUGGUUAGAUUCCAAUCCCCAUUUAGCCCGUUACCUUGAUGAGUUGGUUCAGAUGUAAUGCUGAACUGUAGUUGAUGGGAAAUGAAAAGUUGCUGCUUUGGGGCUUAAAUACUGCCCCCACGUGUGACUGAGAAGAGGAGCUUGAAAGAUUUUCUUCCAUUUUUAGUUUAGCUGGAGGUUACUGUGUUGUAUGAACUAAACAAACUGACAAAUUUUAAUUAUGGUUUGUUGAAACACGGCAACUUCAAACUAUAGUUAAGAAGCUGACUUGUUUCAACAAACCAAAUUUAAGAUUAACCACAGUUUAGGAUUUGGCUGUAAUGUUUAGCAGUGGUUAUCCUAAAAAGGAAGCAUACGCCCCCAACCAACCCACUUACCCAGACUAUUUCAUUACAUUGGUUAACCACCACAAAUCCCCAGGUCUAACACAGGCUUAAUCCAGCCAACUCAUCACAAGAGUCAAAACUUUGUUGUGGCAUCAGACAACAGAUAAAUAUUUAAUAACACUGUAAAGACACACAUAGCUAAAUAAUAUAAAAUGCAUUCCUUAUAAGAAAAUCAUCAGCCCCAGUUUAAUAUGUACAUGUGCAUACCUAUAUGUGCACACUUGCCCCAUAUACAUGGUGCUGUUUUGAAAUUUUUAAAUAAAAUAUUGGAGAGAGGAAAACCUUCAAAUCCAAAAAGGUUAAUAAACAAAAGCCAAAAAAAGAAAGAAAUUCUGUAAAGAACUUGAAACAAACACAAACUGAUUUUAACUGGUUCCCCACUGUCAGGGAACUGACAUCGGAGCUAGAGGCGGAGGGAAGGCUCUCAAAUGAUGCUGGAGAAGGGCCCAGCAGGGAGAGAGGCAGCUCCGCAGAUGGGGAAGCAAAUCAGCGCAACACCAGGGAUAAAGGGGGGCAGAUGGGGGAAUCGGCGAGAGGGCUCCAGGACUCUUCACCGGACACCAGCGGGGAGAGCACGGGUCCUCCGCUACCCACGCCCUCCCUGUGCAGAAGACUUCCGUGCAGAGAGAGUAGGAGGAGACUGGGUGUCAAACAACUUUUAUGUUGGAAAAGAUUUAAGAAAUGCCCACUGACGGAUUCUGCUAGCGACUGAGGCAGCCACGAAGUGAAGGGCUGCACAGACUGAAAGGUUUAACAAGGCAACAAAGCCAGGAGAGGCGGCAACUUACACACGAGCAACCCAUACUCAUUACACCCACCAUGACUGAUAGUUAUCAACUGAUACUUUCAACUGAAAUAAUGUUUGCAUUGUCUAGUCAUACUCUUCCAUCCUGUGUUGCAGAAUUGUCUUCUGAUCUUUUCUCCAUUUCUUUUCAGGUUGCCAUGGGCUUCUUUCAAGUGGGCUUUGUCUCUGUGUACCUCUCUGAUUCCUUGCUCAGCGGAUUUGUUACAGGUGCUUCCUUCACCAUUCUUACCUCACAAGCCAAAUACCUCUUGGGCUUAGACAUUCCCCGUAGCAACGGCAUUGGUUCCUUGAUAACCACUUGGAUGAACAUAUUCAGAAACAUCCACAAGACCAACUUCUGCGAUCUCAUCACCAGCUGCUUGUGCCUUCUUGUUCUUAUCCCAACUAAAGAGCUGAACGAGCGAUACAAAUCCAAACUUAAGGCGCCCAUGCCCACUGAGUUGGUGGUGUUGGUGGUAGCCACACUGGCAUCUCAUUUUGGGAAGCUAAAAGAGAAGUAUGGCUCCAGUGUUUCUGGGCAUAUUCCUACUGGGUUUUUGCCACCGCAAUCACCAGACUGGAGUCUGAUUCCCAGUGUGGCUCUGGAUGCAAUAGCCAUAGCCAUUAUUGGCUUUGCCAUCACAGUUUCUCUCUCUGAGAUGUUUGCCAAGAAGCAUGGCUACACAGUUAAACCCAACCAGGAAAUGUAUGCCAUUGGUUUCUGCAACAUCAUCCCUUCUUUCUUCCAUUGUUUCACUACUAGCGCAGCCCUUGCCAAGACACUUGUCAAAGAGUCGACAGGCUGCAGGACUCAGAUCUCCGGUGUGGUGACUGCCUUGGUCAUCUUGUUAGUCCUCCUUGUGAUUGCUCCCCUGUUCUAUUCCCUCCAGAAAUGUGUGCUAGGGGUCAUUACCAUUGUCAAUCUCAGAGGAGCCUUGCGGAAAUUCAGUGACCUGCCCAAAAUGUGGCGGUUAAGCAAAGUGGACACAUUGAUCUGGUUCGUCACCAUGUUAUCUUCAGCACUGAUAAGUACUGAACUUGGCCUUCUGAUUGGGGUCUGCUUUUCAAUGCUGUGUGUCAUUGUGAGGACGCAGAGACCAGAAGGGCACUUACUGGGCUGGGUGCCAGAAUCUGAAGUCUAUGAACCCCUUCCUGAAUAUAGGAACCUUCAGAUGAAACCAGGGAUCAGGGUUUUCCGUUUUGAAGCACCCAUCUACUACGCUAACAAAGAAAGCUUCAAGUCCAUGCUGUACAAGCAGACUGGAGUCAACCCUCUGUGGGAGUUGGCAGCAAAGAGAAAAGCGGAAAAGCGAAAGCUUAGUGAGAAAAUGGUCAAUGCCAACGGAAACCAGGCAGAGGUCUCAGUACAGUUUGUCGCUCACCCACUGGAGUUUCACACUAUAGUGAUUGACUGCUGUGCGGUGCAGUUCUUAGAUACAGCAGGGAUCCACACGCUCAAGGAGGUUCACAAGGAUUAUGGGGAAAUUGGCAUCCAAGUGCUGCUGUCUCAGUGCAGUCCCUCUGUGAGGGAAUCCCUAGACCGAGGGGAGUACCUUAAAAAGGGGGAGGAACAAUUCCUCUUCCAUAGUGUGCACCAAGCUGUGGAAUACGCAUUGUGUGCUCACGGGAAGCAUGGGCUCUGCGCCUCCGAAACCUAA